AUGGAUUCCUCUGUAUUUCUCUCCAUGAAUUCCGAUUUCUCGUCGGAUUCUUCCUCCGGAUCGGCCGAUUCUCUCUCUUGGGACGGCCUGAACCUCCACAAUUCCCUUCCUUUCAAUGAAAAUGACUCAGAAGAGAUGCUUCUCUAUGGUGUUCUAUCACAGGCUGCACAAGAAACAUUCCAAACAGUUUCCUCUGGUGAUAUUAUUUCCAAAUCAUCAGAAGAAAAACCCAAGAAAGAGAAGUCCUAUAGAGGGGUGAGAAAGAGACCAUGGGGAAAAUUUGCGGCAGAAAUAAGAGAUUCUACAAGGAAUGGCAUAAGGGUGUGGUUAGGCACAUUUGACACUGCAGAAUCUGCUGCUUUAGCCUAUGAUCAAGCUGCUUUUUCGAUGCGCGGUUCGGGUGCUGUUUUGAAUUUCCCAGUUGAAAGAGUUCUUGAAUCUCUUCAUGGCAUGAAGGGUAUUGUUGGUGAUGGUUGUUCCCCAGUGUUGGCUCUGAAGAAGAGACACUCCAUGAGGAGGAGAAAUUUGGGGAGAAAAAGUAGAGGGAGGGAAUUGAUCAAGAGAGAGAAUGUGGUGGAGUUUGAGGACUUGGGUGCUGAUUAUUUGGAACAGCUUCUGAGUUCAACUGAGAGUGUUAGAUUUUGGUGA